AUGCUUCGAGACUAUUGGAGGAGAGGCUGCAGUGGCAACGGGAGGGGUCUCGUCUGGCAGGCGAGCAGUUCUCUACCCAUCGCCGCGCACUUCCAGGACAUCGUAAACACCGUCUCACAGAACCAGGUGAGCAUUAUCCAGGGCUCCACGGGUUCCGGCAAGACCACGCAGGUUCCACAGUACAUUCUGGACUUUGAGGAUGGCAGCGGUCCGAAGACAAUCAUUGUGACGCAGCCACGUCGCCUUGCGGCCAUGACGGUGGCCCGGCGGGUCGCAGCUGAGCGCGGGGAACCUUUGGGUGCCUCCGUUGGCUACGCGAUACGCUUCGAUUCCGUGUGGCCACAACGUCCUGGAGGCAUUUGCUACAUGACGUCUGGCUUGCUUCUGAAGCGUCUCCACUUCCGCGGUCUCUGUGGGAUCUCCCACGUCAUUGUGGAUGAGGUCAUUUCCAUUGAUGGGCACAACUUUGAUGUAAAAGUCCUUUACCUGGAGGACGUCAUCGAGAAAAUGGGGUCCGCGCAAGUUGUUGAUUUGAAGAACGACAAGCAGGAUGCUUCAAAGUCGAUGAACACGUGCGAUGUAAAGCGCUACUCGCCUUCCACUGUCCAGGCACUGAAAGCAAUGCCUGAGCACCGGAUCCCCUUGGAACUGACAAGGGACUUGUUGUCAACCUUGGUCAAGGAAGGUACGGUGUCUGCAGAGAGUGGUUCCGUCCUCGUCUUCCUGCCGACAUGGAGCAUCAUGAGCAUCCUCAGCAAGCUCAUAGAGGCCGAUGAGGUCCUGAGCAGGCACUGCAAAGUCAUCAUGCUCCAUUCACAGGUGCCGAAGAAUGUGCAGAUGGAGGCCUUCCACCCCGCACCAGCAGGGCUUGCCAAGGUGAUUCUGGCCACUAACAUCGCAGAGUCUUCCAUUACCAUCGAUGAUGUCACCUGUGUCAUUGAUUCCUGCCGGGUGAAGUUGACGUUUUUCUCAGAGACCACGAAGCUGUCGUACACAGAUGUGGUGUUUACCGGCCGCCACAACUUAGAGCAGAGGAAGGGCCGUGCCGGACGAACACGGCCAGGGCUGUGCUUCAGACUCUGCACGCAGCAGCGCUUCAUGCAGGGUCUGCAGGAGGAAGUUCCUCCUGAGCUCACUCGAAUGCCGCUUGUGGGAGCUGCACUGCUCGUGAAGUCUUUGGAGCUGGGCGACAUCGCAACAGUACUUUCCCAAUGCCCAGAUCCACCAUCAGAAGCCCUUGUAGUGCACGCCAUCAAGCAGCUGACACUCGUAAGGGCGUUAGAUGAUGAGCAACAUCUCACAAGCCUUGGUCGAAUUUUGGCCCGGCUGCCUUUGGAUCCUCACGUUGGUCUGGCCUUGCUGAUGGGACAUUGGUUCUUUGGAUUGGGCGAUGCUAUGUGUACUCUGUGUGCCGCCAUGUCGUUUGACGAACCCUUCCAUUUCGAGAAGACGGCGGGCUAUCUACCGUGGUCAAUCUCUCAAAAGUACCAAGGUUCGCACAAACACUCGGAUCAGUACGUCCUGGGACUGGUGCAUCAGGAAUACGCGCGUUUGAUCGAGACAGUUGGCGAGAACUCUUCGAACAGAUUUGUGGCAUCAGAGGGCCUCCAUCCUGCCAUCAUGCGACAGGUCUAUGAUGCUUCUGAGCAGCUGCGCAGCCUUUUGCAAACCGAUGCCUUGGGAGCCCUGGGCAUGGGAGGGCCUGAGCCGCUUGACGAGGAUGCCAUAGGUCCGUCCUCGAAAAAACGAAGCUACACGGCCAUCCGGGACUGGGGACCACAGGAAUGGCAGUGGGGAGCCAUCCUUUUGGCACUGGCCACUGCCUUGCCGCACGUGGCUGUGCACCAAGAGAAGCGGCAUCUCUGGGUUGAGGAGGAUGCUCGUGGAGCAGUUCACAAAAGUUCCGUGAAUUGCUGCAAAAAUUCCUUUGUUUUUCCAACACCGUUGUUCGCUUUCCUUGACCGAACGCAAGAAGAAGGAUGGCGACCUGCACGGUGCAGGCAGCUUACGAACAUUCCUCCACUGUUGGCUCUGUUGAAGCCAUUUUCCCAUUCUGAGAUUCGAAUGGAUGGUGAG